CAGCAGACAAACUUUUAGUCAGGAUGGCUCCCACUGUUUACAAGCCUGAGACUGGAACGAAAAAAACUAAUUUGAGAAAGCCAGCUGUGGAGAAGUUGCGCAGAGAUCGUAUCAACAAAUGCAUUGAACAACUUAAAGCUCUUCUCAAGACUGAAAUAAAAGCCAACCAGCCCUGUUGUAAACUGGAGAAGGCUGAUGUCUUGGAAAUGGCUGUCAUCUACCUGAAGAAGUCCACGCAGCAAGAUCCUGACGCACACGCGCAAAGCUACGCGGACGGGUUCUCCAGGUGCUUACAGGAGACGGCACGGUUUCUGUCUGUUCACAACCAGCUCCAGAUAACCAAACCCGCGUUAACGGAGCACUUUGACAGGACCCAGCAACCCAAAACCAGCGCAAAAGUUGUUUGCGCGUCUGCGCCCAAAGACAGCUGUCAUGUCAUCUCCAAACGCGCAGGAGCGCAGGCGCUGUGGAGACCUUGGUGAUCUCCAUAUAGCGACUUUAUAAAGAUACAUAGAGAACGAUUGUGUUCUCUAUUUUAGUAGAACAUAUUGUUUCAUUAAUGUAUGUUAAAGUAGACAGCAUCUGUCUUGACGCAUAGAAUGUACCAGUCUACCCCAUGUCUAAUUCUGAAGAGCACAUAUCUACUGCUUUACUUCACCUGUGUGAAGAUUAUUAUUAAUAUUUACAUAUUGUAAAAAUGAGGACUUUGUCACCUCUGUAUGUUUUUGUUUAAAAUGAGGACUGUCACCUCGUUAUGUUUCUGUUAAACAUGUGUUAUAAAGAUUUAUAUUAAUCUGUUUAUUUGAUCUAUCAUAUUGAUAGAAUAUGUAAAGGUUUCUUGUUUUUUAAGAAAUAAAUUCAAAUGAAACAUUUCUGUUUUACAUUCGUUUCUGUUCUUGAUCAUGAGAUCAUCAUUAAAAUCAUAAUGCUAGUUUUUUUUUUUUUUUUUAAACCUUUAAAUGCCAUAUUUUUGCUGGGGUGAUAAAUUAAAUACACUUAUAGUUUCAGCUGUUGAAAGUUUCCUUGUGAAAAAUAAGUAACUUUUAUUUUGUUAACUUAAUAAUGAAAU